AGGUUCCCAGGGUUUGUUUUCCCCUGCCUGGGGGUUCACCCGGUCCAAGAGGUUUCUCCGGGGGAGCAGCGCAGCGUCACUUUGAAGGACCUGGAUGCUGCAUUGCCACUUAUAGACCUCUACCAAGAUAAAUUGGUGGGGAUAGGAGAGGUUGGACUAGAUUUCACUCCCAGAUUUGCCAGCACGGAUGAACAGAAGGAAGGACAAAGACAAGUUUUGAUCAAGCAGAUUGAGUUAGCAAGAAGACUGGAUUUGCCUUUAAAUGUCCAUUCCCGCUCUGCCGGAAGACCAACCAUUAAUCUCUUAAAGGAACAAGGUGCUACGAAGGUGUUGCUCCAUGCGUUUGAUGGGAAGCCAUCUGUAGCCAUGGAAGGGGUGAAAGCUGGAUACUACUUCUCCAUUCCUCCUUCUAUUAUAAGGAGUGAACAGAAGCAGAAGCUCGUGAAAGUGUUACCUCUGGAAAGUAUGUGCUUGGAAACUGACUCUCCUGCUUUGGGGCCUGAAAAACAGGUGAGAAAUGAACCAAAAAAUAUCCACAUUGCUGCAGAAUAUAUUGCCAGGAUUAAAGGAAUUCCAGUUGAAGAAGUUGUAGAAGUGACAACACAGAAUGCACUGAAAGUAUUCCCCAGACUUCGGAACUUUCUUCGGGUAUAGUUUUGAAAGCUGAAAUAUGAUAUUGCAGAAACUAUGGUAUAAUUAUAAAACAAACAUGCAUCUUGUCUUGAAGUGGAGUUUUGCUGUUGGAAAGUUCAAGAAGUGAGCAGACUGUUACAUAGAUGCACAGGACAAAUACAGGGAGUUUCUCAAAGACCUUUGGUCUGCACCGUUCUCAUCUCUUGGAUGCGAUUAAGACAGGGUGUUCGUUUGCA